ACGCUUAAGUCCAUUCGGUAACUGUCCCAAAGAUUGCGUACCUAAAGUGCAUCGUCUGAACCAUGUCUAAUGUAUUCUUUAAUUUUGCAAGUGUUUCUUACGUGUUCUUAAGGAUAUUACAAGUUGUUACAAGUGACAUUCUUAAUACUUCUACGAGUGCCAUCCAAACAAAUUGCUCGUCUUUGCAGAUGGGACAAUAUUUAUGCAAUCCCGAAAUUGAUCCCUUAACUCAACAGCCAAAGGGGUGUAGCCGAAACAACAUUGCAAACACUAUUUGUAUUGCAGCAGAAGGAAUCCAGUGUAUAGACAGUGGAAACAAUACCUUCUCAAAAGAAAUUCCUUGCUUGUGGACGAAUGGAUAUUCAUUUGAGACAUCUUUAUUACUCUCUGUCUUCCUUGGAAUGUUUGGUGCUGACCGCUUCUACCUGGGUUAUCCGGCAAUAGGUCUUUUCAAGCUGUGCACCUUGGGUUGUAUGUUUCUAGGUCAAAUUGUGGAUAUCAUACUAAUUGCCACUCAAACCAUUGGACCUGCUGAUGGAUCUUAUUAUGUUAUAAACUAUUUCGGACCCAAGUCAAUACCUCUAAAACUUGACAAUGACACCUAUCGAAUGCCUCAAGUUGACUGGCCAGAACUUUAAGGUUCAAACAAAAUGCUGUUUGAAACAAACAUGUAAAUAAAAUUUAACAGAAGCUGUUUC